CUUUCACUUUCCAAACAUCACUCGAAGUGUACUUCCGUGCUUGUGGGACAUCUAAUUCAUCUUCGAAAAUAACUUGAAUAACAACUUGUUGGCCUACAGUUGAAAACGUUUUCAUUACGUCCUCUCCGUCCUUCGUCCAAACGCGCGUCUAUCGGUAUGUGCACUCGUCUGAAUGAAUCAAUCCGCUCGGGGCCUGUAUUGAAAUGAAACUGUAUUGAAGAGUUGCAGUUGCGUCUGCGCCAAUGGACCCGUUACAUUUCACAGAUGAGGGGUUACUGCGGUUUUUCCGCUGUAGUAAAACAGAAAUGUCGUGCAUGGAGCAACCACACACCUUUCUUAACCAGCUCCGAGACCACCACCUCAUUCCGGAAGAAAUGUACAAGAAGCUGAUUCCGAUGAGGAGUAAGGAGCUGAGGGAGAAGGGUGUGUACCAGGUGUUGGACUGGGUGGAGGCAGAGAGGCCCGACAGCAUCAAGGUGUUCUGGAACUGUGUGUUCAGGGACCACCUCCUGCAGCAGUACCCCACGUUAUGCCUGCUCCGAAACCGCCUGCUGGACGGGUCGUUCACAUUCUAUGAGAAACUGCCAAAGAAGGUGGAGGAGGAAGAGGAGGAUAAAAAGCAGAAGGCUUCAGCAGAAGCAGAAGAGGAGGAGGAGGAAGAGGAGAAAGAGGAGGAGAAAACAAGAAGGAAAAAUAGUAAACAGAAAGAGCGAAGUGAGAGUGCUGAGGAGGAGCAGCCCAGCACGUCCACCCAGUCCAACCCCAGUCAGAAGAGGAAAGUCCAGAGGCCGACCCACUGUUUACGUUUCAGGAAGGGGGAGAAAGAUGACAUCUGGAACUGGCCCAUCUACAAGACCCAGCUCCCAGUCACCUGUGGGGUCAAAGAAGGCACGCUCAUCAGGAACAUGCUGGCCAAAGGGGAGAGGUGCAUUGUGGUCCAGGGUCACUGGUUCACCCCAAGUGGCUUUGAGGAGUUUGGGGGGAAGAAGAGCAGUAGGAAGUGGAAGUACAGUAUCCGCUGUAGCGGCACCACUCUGGGAGAACUGAUCCAGGAAGGUCAUUUAACUUCACCAGACUUUAAAAGAAGAAAGAGUGCACAGAGAGCACUGUUUCCCUCCAACCAAUCAAGGGGCUCAAUCACACAAUCUGAGGAGGAUGACGAUGAUGAUGAGGAGGACGAGGUAGAGGAAGAAGCAGAGCAGGAACGAGAGGAAGGAGAGAGAGAAGAGCAGGCAAACACUGCUGAAGGAGGGAGCGAUAAAGGAGGCAGCCAUGGUGCUGUGAAAAAGUCUGUCUUCAAAGUCACAUAUGGAGACAUCAAUGGAACGCUACAUAAGCAUCGGUUUGCAUCAGGGUCGUGUGGAAAGAGCAUCCGUACGGAGCUGCGCUGGAUGACCCCGGUGGAGUUUGUGACGGUGGGGUCAGCUCUGGAAGAUCCCUCCUGGAAGAAAGACAUCCAGUGGGACGGGAAAUCACUCAGCCUCCUCAUUGAGAGUAAGAUCUUGGUCAUCCACUCUCUCCUGUGUAAGUGCAACCUGUGCAGCUCCACGGCCAACGACAGGCAUGAUCAGGAUAACGAUGACGACUGCUUCAUCUGUAGAAGCCAGGGCAGCUUGAUAUGCUGUGAUGAGUGUCCUCGCUCCUUCCAUCAGAGAUGUCAUCUUCCUAAUGUGGAUGAUGCCAUAAUGGGGGAUGAUUGUCCGUGGAUGUGUACAUUCUGUGUACAGAGGACCAGUCAGUCGUGGCGCUACCCCAAACAAAUGACCUACCAGGAAGCCUUAACCUGCCGAAUCUCAGACCACCUACUGGAAUGCCAGUACCUCCUGCUGUGUCUCUACCACGUGGACGAGGAUCACAUCUUUGUGAAAGAUCCUUGCAUCAAUGUGAGAAACUACACCAGUGUGAUAAAGACCCCUAUAUGGCUGGACAGGGUUGUGGAGAAGCUGCAGCAGAAUCUCUACCAAACAGUGCAACACUUUGUGUCUGAUGUGUUGCUUAUCUUCACCAACUGUGCCACAUUUAACAGGGACAAUGCAGAGUUCCAUGGAAUGGGCGAAAGAUUGAAGGAUCUAUUUGAGAGAGAGUUCAAGAGUACAUUCAGUAUCCAACUUCAGCAUCCAACUGCAUCCAACAGCCAGUAGAGCCUGUACUGUUAUCUCACCAUUUUGUAUUUUAUUUCACCUUUAUUUAACCAGUUAGGCUAGUUGAGAACAAGUUCUCAUUUGCAACUGCGACCUGGCCAAGAUAAAGCAAAGCAGUUUGACACAUACAACAACAGAGUUACACAUGGAAUAAACAAACAUACAAUCAAUAAUACAGUGGAAACAUCUAUAUACAGCAUGUGCAAAUGAGGUAGGAUAAGAGAGGUAAAGGCAAUAAAUAGGCCAUGGUGGUGAAGUAAUUACAAUAUAGCAAUUAAACACUGGAAUGGUAGAAUGUGCAGAAGAUGAAUGUGCAAGUAGAGAUACUGGGGUGCAAAGGAGCAAGAUAAAUAAAUAAAUACAGUAUGGGGAUGAGGUAGAUUGGAUGGGCUAUUUACAGAUGAGCUAUGUACAGGUGCAGUGAUCUGUGAGCUAUGAGACAACAGGGAAUAUUCACCAUGUCUUUCUAUACAGCCUUCAUACAGACUUGCAUGUACAUUGUGAUCCAUCUAGUCAUUUCAUGAAUUUAUUUCAUUCAUUCUACCAGUCAAAAUGGGUGUGUGAUAAUAAUUGAAAUAGAAUGGUGAUAAAAUUGCAUUUCCCCUCUCA